AUGCAGGGGACUGGAUCCGCGAAAUCGUUCCUCGAGAAACUUAAGUCAGGGAGGACAACAUCAGCUGCAAUUGACAAUAACGCACCCCCUGAUGGGGAUGGGGUAAUACUUAGGCGUGUUGAGAGGCAAUAUGCAAGUGAACCUCUGUCAGCACUGGGACUGAAACUAACGGAAGAUGCUGAGGUCUUGUCAACUGAGGUUGGUUCACCUGCGGCAAAAUCUAACAUACCACUUCAUUAUAUGAUUAUUGCCGUCAACAACCAGUUCGUUGGAAGUCGCGCAGAUUUUGAAGAUAUCGCGGCCCAGCUUCUGACGUUAGUGAUUAAACUCCAAUCGACUGCGGCCAUGUCCGAAUUAUUGGCAAAUAUAUUAAAUGAGGAAGAAAAGAAUUUUAACGAGAACGGCGAUUCUUGCAUUGACGUCAAUGAGCUGCUGCGGACUACACCAAGAUACGGCUUUUUGUCAGCAGAGCACCCUAUGUUCUUAAGGUGGAACCAACGUUUACAAACGCAAAGAGAGGCUAGACAAUUAAUUCGUCAAGCGACAAGAGAAGCCGAAGAACAGCAGGCUAAAGAGGCACUAGAGGCGUUGAGGCGUGUUGCAGACGCUGAAGAUGAAAUUCAGCAGCAGCAAGCGCAGCAAGAACGACAGCACCAGCAGAUGCUUCGUCAGGGUCCGGAAACGGUAAAUCCAUCUGCACCUGAGGCGGGGGCGAGACCCGGAGGGGAAGUUCUACUGAAACAGGUGCAAGACGAAAGUACCUUUGGUGAAAGUAACGUAAACAACGAGGGUUUUGAAGAAUCCCCUGAAGAAGCUUCGCCCGAAGAACUGUUGAAGCUUAUUGGUGCUGAACCCGUCGAAACCGAAGUGGUGCAACAUGUUGAUGCCGAUGAGCCCACCGAAGUCCGCUUCUUUAUUAAUCCUACCGAAGAAUACGCCCUUUCAAAUGGGACACGUGUAACUAUCAGCGUUAAGAAGAGAAGCGGUCCCAUUCCCAAACCACCGCCGGGGAAACCUCCAAAAGGUAUCGAAAAGCUGAUGACAAACAAGCUCAGUGAUGCUAUACCUGCGACGGGAAAUGGAGGUCAUGAGCCGACAUGCACCUUCUGUUAUGUGAGCGGUCAUACCGAAAAGGACUGUAGCGAGAAACGAGAGCAAGAGAGGAAACUUUCUGUUGUCCCCAAGGAACGGCAAAUUUGCAGAGAUUUUAUGAGGGGUCGGUGCACACGGAGCGAAUGCGUCAUGAGACAUGUGUCACUACCCCCACGUGGGCGGAGGGCUCGCUCGCGGAGCCGAGAGCGAAGUGUGCGGAGAAGAAGUCGGGAAAAGCACCGUAGAACGAGCAGAGAACGACGUCGCGGUAGUCGGCGACGAAGUCGCCGUCGUGACCCUUCUGUUCGUUCUCACCGGCGUAAAUAA